AUGGAAGGAAACACGCACCUCCUCCAGGUCAUCUGCAAGAUGCAUUCCCAAAUCAACAAGCUGGAGAGGGAAAACAGGGCCCUGAGGGGAGAGCUGCAGGUCUGUGGGCAGAGAUCUGUGCCCCUGGAGAGAGAAGCAGCAGGAGGAGGUGGGAACAACAACGUGAGGAGCCUCGCCAAUGGUGGGGAAGGACCAGCUGGCUCUCCAGCAUCCCUGCAUGGAAGCAUCGUGGCUGGCCCUGUUCCAGCACCAAAGGAGCAGAGAGAUACCACCAUGACCGUGCGGCGCUACUCCACUGCCUCACCAGCGCCUGCUCCUGCCAGCAUGAGGUCUCACUGGGCCAGCAAGACCCCUCCGAGCAGUGGACUCCUGGAUGUGCUGGGCAGUGCCCAGCCACCAGCCCCUCCUGCCACAGCAGGAGAGGAGAAAAGGCUUGAAAAGACACCGGCCAACUGUCUCUCCUACAGUCAUUCCAGCAAAAUAAAGCUGUGUCAGGAGCACAUCUAUAGGUGCAGGGGCAAAAUCAAGGCCGUUAGUUUCCUCUUACCAAUGGAUGUGUCAUCAUAUGCUGAAAAGCAAGAUUCCCUCAAAAGCCCACAAAAUCAGAGCACAAAACAGUUAACCACCAUCGCCGAAAAGGAUAUGUAA